GGGGGCCAGAAGGCAGCCUAAAGAGCGAGAACAACGAUGAAGUGGAACAUCUUGGCCCUGUUCACGGUGCUGCUGACAGUUGUGACGUGUGAGAUCGACUACUACGGCGUGCUGGGGGUGUCUAAGCAGGCGUCUGAGAAGGAGAUCAAGUCUGCGUACCGCAACCUGUCGAAGAAGUACCACCCGGAUAAGAACCCUGGGAACGAGGAGGCUCACCAGAAGUUCAUUGAGAUCGGAGAGGCGUACGAGGUGCUGAGCGACGACGAGAAGCGUGGCGUGUAUGAUCGGUACGGUGCGGAUGGGCUGAAGAACGGCGGACAAGGUGGCCGUGGUGGUGGUGGUGGUGGAGGGUUUGACCCUUUUGGUGACUUCUUUGGCUUUGGAAGACACCAGCAGCAGCAGCAGCGUAAUCAGAAGCCACGAGGCUCAGAUACCGAAGUGGCAGUGGAUGUCUCGCUGAAGGACUUCUAUCUCGGUGAGACCUUCCAGUUCACCGUGGAGAUGCAAAACCUCUGUGGGACCUGUUCUGGAACAGGCUCGAAGGACAACAAGACCCAUACGUGUAGCACGUGUAACGGGAGUGGAGUCAGGAUCGUCAAGAGACAGCUGGCGCCAGGGAUGUUCCAGCAGAUCCAGACCACCUGUGAUCAAUGUCACGGAAAGGGCAAGACAAUCCAGCAUAAGUGUUCCACCUGUAACGGACAAGGUGUUGUGCGUGGUAAAAGACAGUAUGACAUCUUCGUGGAGCCAGGCACCAGUAGAGACCACGUCCAUGUGCUAUCAGGCGAAAGCAACCAUUCUCCAGACCAUGUGAGUGGUGAUUUGAAGAUUUUGGUGAGAGAAAGUGGGAAGGAGUCCUACGGCUACAGAAGACGUGGUGACAACUUAUACAGAACCGAGGCCUUGACGCUUAAGGAGGCAGUGGCUGGUGGCUGGAGACGUGAAUUGAUGUUCUUUGAUGACGAAAACAUCACCCUAUCAAGACCUUCGGGCAAGAGCGUUAUGAGUGGAGAGAUCGAGGUUAUAAAGGGCAAGGGGAUGCCACGGCCAGAUCACCACGCCGAAGAGUUUGGUGAUUUGGUCAUUGAUUACGUUGUUGUGAUGCCAGGAGGUGUGAGCAACAAGGCGAAGUAUCUGAGGGAUGAGCUUUGAGGUGAUUGGAGCGCUGUGGCUGGUGGAUGGGCUUUAGAGAUGGUUGGUGGGCUGUGGAACUAAUCAAUGGACUUUAUAGAUGGUUUAUGGGCUCUAAAAUCAGUUGAUGAGCUAUAAAAUCAGUUGAUGAGCUCUAAAAUGAGUUGAUGGG